AUUUUAAAAUAGCCGUUUAAUAUUUGUAUGUUUAUUUAUUUUUCAAUGGACAAAUCUACCAUUAUCUCUGUCACAAAGUAUAUUCCAUGAAUUCGUAAGAAAUUUGAGAGAGAGGGAGAGAGAGAGAGAAGCAAAAGAUAUUUUCGGGCUAAAAUUGGAUUCAAAUCCAAGCCGAUUGAAAUCUGGAUUUGAAUUGCAUUUCAAGGACAUGCGUAGUUGAUUUGAAUUUCAGUUUUUCCAUUCCAUAGCAUUGAUUAUUAGAUCUUGAAAAUUGGCUCCUCAACGCCGAUCACAGCGCCACAUGGGUGGUCAGAUGCAACAGAGCAAUGCUGCGGCAGCUGCUCUGUAUGAUCACCCUGGCGGCGGCGGCUCCCUGCACAAUGCAGGUCCCGGGAGCGAUGCCGGUGAUGCCGUCAUGGCUCGCUGGCUCCAGUCCGCCGGGUUGCAGCAUCUGGCUUCACCCUUGGCUUCCACAGGGAUCGAUCAUCGCCUCCUACCUAACCUUCUCAUGCAGGGUUAUGGAGCACAAUCUGCUGAAGAGAAGCAAAGGCUUUUCAAGUUAAUGAGAAACCUCAAUUUUAAUGGAGAAUCUGGUUCUGAGCCAUACCUUCCAACUGCCCAAAGUUCAGCCGCAAUGGGUGCAUCAGAAGGUUUUUAUUCUCCCGACUUCAGGGGAGAUUUUGGAGCGGGGCUUUUGGAUCUUCAUGCUAUGGAUGAUACAGAGCUUCUAUCUGAGCAUGUCAUCUCAGAGCCGUUUGAGCCAUCACCUUUUAUGCCUGCUGUCACACAAGCAUUUGACAAUGACUUCAAUGUGAUGGCCAACAGGCAGGAGAGAGGGCAAACAGACGCUGAUACCUCAGUUGGAUUAUCUAGUGAAAAGGAGAACAAUACAAGGGAAAACAAUGUGGCUAAGAUAAAAGUUGUGGUCCGUAAAAGACCAUUAAACAAGAAGGAGAUUGCUCGGAAGGAGGAGGACAUCGUAGCUGUGUCUGACAAUGCUUUUUUAACUGUCCAUGAACCCAAGCUAAAGGUGGACCUGACUGCUUACGUGGAGAAGCAUGAAUUCUGUUUCGAUGCUGUUCUAGAUGAGAAUGUGACCAACGAUGAGGUAUAUCGUGAGACAGUAGAGCCAAUCAUUCCCAUAGUUUUCCAGCGAACAAAAGCAACAUGUUUUGCAUAUGGUCAGACAGGAAGUGGUAAGACGUUCACAAUGCAACCAUUACCUCUCAGAGCUGCAGAAGAUCUCGUCAAAUUAUUGCACCAUCCAACCUACCGCAAUCAGAAAUUUAAGUUGUGGCUUAGCUUUUUUGAGAUAUAUGGAGGAAAACUCUUUGAUCUUCUUAGUGACAGGAAGAAACUUUGUAUGAGGGAAGAUGGACGGCAACAAGUUUGCAUUGUUGGACUGCAAGAAUUCGAAGUUUCAGAUGUACAAAUUGUUAAAGAAUAUAUAGAGAGGGGAAAUGCAUCAAGAAGUACGGGCUCUACUGGUGCUAACGAGGAAUCUUCAAGGUCACAUGCUAUAUUACAACUGGUUGUUAAGAAGCACAACGAAAUCAAAGACUCCAAGCGGAAUUAUGACGGAAACGAGUCCAAGAGUGGGAAGGUUGUGGGGAAGAUUUCUUUCAUUGAUCUUGCUGGUAGUGAAAGAGGAGCUGACACAACUGAUAAUGACCGACAAACAAGGAUUGAGGGAGCUGAAAUUAACAAGAGUCUUUUGGCUCUUAAGGAGUGUAUUCGCGCUCUCGACAACGACCAAAUUCAUAUUCCAUUUCGUGGGAGCAAACUCACUGAAGUGCUUCGUGACUCAUUUGUUGGCAACUCAAGGACUGUGAUGAUCUCUUGCAUUUCUCCAAAUGCAGGCUCAUGUGAACAUACACUCAAUACAUUGAGAUAUGCUGAUAGGGUUAAAAGUCUUUCAAAAAGUGGAAAUCCGAAAAAGGAUCAAGUUGCAAGCCUGUUACCGCCCCCCAACAAGGAAUCUAUUUCGGCAUCAUCUUUUCCUGUUUCUGCUGAUGUGGAGGAUGUUUAUGAGCAGCAUCAAGAAGUUAAAGUAGUUGAUACAGGUGGUAGAAGGGUUGUAGAAAAAGAAAACCCGUCUUAUAAUCCUUCCGAAUCCAAUAAACAGCCUUCUACUUUUCCGUCAAAUUAUCCCUUCGGUGAGCGUGAGGAUGGUGGGGUGACUUUUGGCACUGUAGAAAGAGAGAGGGUUGAUAAACAAAAUUUUGGUGGUUUGACAAGUCAAAAAAUGCAUUCAUCAUCGUAUUUGCAAAACUCAGUCGACACAGAAGAAAGAGUGCAGAAGGUGUCGCCGCCUCGAAGAAAAGCUCAUAGGGAUGAAAAAUCCGAAAAGCCAGGGAAUUGGCUGAAAAAAGAUGGCUGUGGAUCUGAUCCUUCUGCCACAAGUUACAAGCAACAGAGCACAAGCAAUUUUACUAGUAGCAAUGUAGGGUCUAGACAAAAUGAGCCUGAACCUCCUCCUCCUGAUAGGAAUAUCAAUGAAAUACUUGAGGAAGAAGAGGCCCUGAUUGCUGCGCAUAGAAAAGAAAUUGAAGAUACAAUGGAGAUUGUUCGUGAAGAAAUGAAGCUGUUGGCAGAAGUGGAACAACCUGGUAGUUUCAUCGACAAUUAUGUUACUCAGUUGAAUUUUGUGCUCUCGCGCAAAGCAGCGGGUCUUGUUAGUCUUCAAGCUCGCCUUGCCCGGUUCCAACAUCGACUUAAAGAGCAAGAGAUACUGAGUCGGAAGAGAAUACCUCGUUGAGGCAUUUCUUCCCAUCCAACAGCGAUUCAUUUUCUCUUGCCAUUGUGAUCCCUUAUUUCUUGUGAAUCUCUUAAAUGUUAUUCAUGGUGGUGCAGAUACAAACCAGGAAGCCAUGUGUAGGUCAAUUGAGGAGGAACAUGGAACUGCAGAAAUCCAACCACAUCUGAGGGGUACCUGUGGUUCAAAUCAUGGCGGUUAUAAAUGUAAGGUUUUGGAUGUGUUUGAUGUGUUCUUAACGGGUUUGUGGACUUUGGACAAUUGAUGGUGGCUGUGGAAUGAAUGAUAUCAGAAGGACAUUUUCGUUUCAGAAAAAAGAAGAAAAAUAAGAUAGUGAAUAGGUACCAUCAAUUUUUAUGACUUCAAUGUAUUUCAAUUGUACUUAAAAAACUGCAUUUGUUUCUAUGUCAAAACCCUUUUGUGACUUGUUUGGCAAACAAUUUUUUCAUGUCUCAAUUAACGGGUAUCUUAAUGUUAUUUUUACCCAACUGGUUGGCACUA